AUGGUCUGGGUCCGUUCCUGGUGCGGGGUGUGUUUUGAACGGUCCCUUGGAUUCCAGCGCUGUUCCUUUCCGCAGCUCGACCACAAGCCCCGGAGCCUCUCCAGCAGCCAGGUGAAGCGGCUGGCCUCCCUGGUGGACCUCCAGCGCCUCUGGGGCUCCUUCCUGAAGCCCAUGCUGAUCGAGCGGUACCCGGGCAGCCCGGGCAACAGGAAGGUGCGGCAGUUCAUUGUGGAUAGCCUGGCCACGCUGGCUGCGGGCUGGCGGGUAGAGCUGGACGCCUUCGAGGAUCGGACCCCGCGGGGUGUCGUGAGCUUUGCCAAUGUAGUGGCCACGCUGGACCCCGCUGCCAGGCGGCACUUGGUCCUGGCCUGCCACUAUGACUCCAAGUACUUCCCCCGCGACCGGCAGGGCCGCACCUUCCUGGGGGCCACCGACUCGGCCGUGCCCUGCGCGAUCCUGCUGGAGCUGGCCACGGCCUUGGACACAGAGCUGCUGAAGGCCAAGGAGCAGGGCUCCGAGGUGACGCUGCAGCUGCUGUUCCUGGACGGCGAGGAGGCCUUCGGGGAGUGGAGCGAGAGGGAUUCCCUGUACGGGGCGCGCCACCUGGCUGAGCACAUGGCCAAGGCUCAGUACCAGCCGGGCACCAGCCAGCUCCAGGCUAUGAGCCUGUUUGUCCUGCUGGACCUGCUGGGGGCCCGAAACCCGACCAUCCAGAACCACUUCCCCCUCACCGCCUCCUGGUUCGACCGGCUCGUCGGCAUCGAGAAGCGUCUGCACCAGCUGGGCCUGCUGCAAUCCCACCCCCGGGAGCAGAUGUACUUCCAGCGGGAGCCUGCGUAUGGGCCUGUCGAAGACGACCACGUCCCCUUCCUCCGAAAAGGAGUGCCGGUGCUGCACCUCAUCGCCACCCCUUUCCCGUGGGUCUGGCACACGAUGGAGGACACGGAGCAGAACCUGCACCCCCCGACCGUGGAGAACCUCUGCAAGAUCCUGGCUGCCUUCCUGGCCGAGUACCUGUGGCUGUGA